AUGACGUCUCAGGCGGGGUCUGACGCGAGCUGGGAGGACCAGGAGGACCAGGGCGACGGCGCGUGGGGCCAGUGGGAGGAGGGCGGCGAGGACGGCGGAGACGACGGCGAGACGCAGUCGCUGUUCACGAAGGGGAAGGUCCUGCCGAGCAUCAGGGCCGCGAUAGCCCACGAUGCGAAAGAGAACGGGUUCGACAUAGCGCAGUACGUGCGAGAGAAACGACUCGACGAGUAUGAGGUCAUCCGGUUGGUGAACUACAUCCGCUCGGAGGUCGCUGCGGGGCGCGACCCACGCCCCGCGCUGGCAGCGGUGCCGGCCGGCGCCGCCGUGUGCGCCGCGCCGUGGGGCGAGGACGAGUACCUCAUCCCGGUCCUCCCCGAAGACCCCCUGCUCUUCGCCGACCUCGGCCAGGUCCUCGACGAGCGCAUCCCGGACGGCGCGCACGAGGUCGCCGGCGAGGACGCGGCCAGCGAGGUCCUGCGCUUGCGCGAGGAGUGCAAGGCCCUCCGCGAGGCUGUGGCGAACCUCUCGGCCUCGCCGCUCGCGGUGGACGCCACCGAAGAUGCGGGCGGUUCAGCGAGCCCGGGCGCCGCGGGCGCCGGUCCGAGCCGGCCAAGAGGCGCGAUGCAAACCACGGCGGCGGCGCGGAUCGACCGCGCGUACUUCGGCUCGUACGCGGGGUUCGCGAUCCACAGGGAGAUGCUGGCGGACAAGGUCCGCACGGAGGCGUACCGGGCGGCGAUCGAGGGCAACGGCGCGCUGUUUUCUGGCGCGAGUGUCAUCGACGUCGGUUGCGGGACGGGCAUUCUGUCGAUGUUUGCGGCGCGAGCGGGGGCGCGGCACGUGGUCGGGAUCGACGGCAGCGAGCGCAUCGCAGGAUUCGCGAGACAGAACGCGGAGGCAAACGGCCUCGCGGCGUCGCAGGGCGGGCCCGUGGCGAUCGUUGCGGGGCGCGUCGAGCAGCUCAAGGACCUCCCCGGUCUAUCAGACACCAGCAAAGCUGAUGUCUUGAUCUCCGAAUGGAUGGGGUACGCGCUGGUGUUCGAGUCCAUGCUCGCGACGGUCCUGCGCGCGCGCGACGCGUGGCUCAAACCCGGCGGCGCGAUCCUCCCGGACACGGCCGCCAUCCUGGUUGCUGGCGGCGGCAGCAAGUCGCAUGGGCUCGACUUCUGGGAUGACGUGUACGGCUUCAACAUGGCCCCGAUGCGGCGCGAGGAGGAGGCCGAGGGCCUCGGCCGGACGAUCGUGCGCGUCGUGGACGGCCUGGACAUCGUCACAGAGGCCGCGAGGGUGCACGAGAUCGACCUGUGCCGCGCGCAGAACAAGGAUGCGAAUUUCACCGCGACGUUCCGGCUGCCCGCGGACUCCGGCGCGAAGGGCUCGCAGUACGUCGAGUCGAUCGUCCUGUGGUUCGAGACGGCGUUCAGCGAGCGGUUCUGCAAGCAGAAGCAGGUGGUGCUGGACACGUCGCCGCACGAGCCGCCGACGCACUGGGCGCAGACGGUGCUGUUGUUGCGCGAGCGCAUUGAGCUGCCGCCCGACGGGGCGCUGGCGGGCACGCUGAGCGUGGCGGAGGACCCCGGGGAGGCACGCAGCCUGCAGAUCGCGCUGCAGUGCGGCCUGGAGGCCGCGGGGCCGAAGCAGCCCCAGCAGGUGAUGUCGUACAAGAUGUCUAUUGUUGAGUGA